AGAUUCAGUUGAAGUUUUACUGUUGCCGGCUAACGUUCGAAAUCGGAAGAUCGGAGAAUCGGAGCUAUAACUCGCCCAUUCACACACACUCGCACACAUCGCAGCACACAAACGUGCCGUUGCACUGGUGUUGGUACUUUGUUUACAGUCGCAUCGCAACAACAAUAAAAACAGUGGAGUAAAAGAUAGAAAGACGAAGGAAAUAAGACGAGGAGGAAACCGACUAAAAGAGAAAUACGUGAAAAAGAGAAAUUUCGACGUUCUAAGCCGACGUUUUAGCUUAAAUACAUUAUCGGAACGAGCAGAUAGACUGCAACUGGCAUUAUUAUUGGCAAUUACCACACCUGCUGAGAAACCAUGGCCAGCUCACCCAUCACAGACUUCUAUGAGGGUCGCAAUGUCUUCAUCACGGGAGCCACUGGCUUCGUGGGCGUCACCAUUGUGGAGAAACUCCUACGGGACGUUCCCAACGUGGGCACACUGUACCUUUUGAUGCGGGCCAAAAAGGGCAAGAAUGUGCAAGAGCGACUCGAAGAGCUGAAGAAGAACUCGGUGUUCGACAAGUUCAAGGAGCUCCAGUUGGAGUCCCGUCUCUCCAAGAUCGUUCCCAUCGAAGGUGAUGUGGGUCUGGAGAAUCUGGGCAUCUCGCCCAAGGAUCGCCAAACCCUGAUCGACAAUGUAAAUGUGGUCUUCCACUCGGCUGCCACCUUGGACUUUUUCCAAUCCCUGAAGGAAACAACCAACAUUAACUUGAGGGGCACAAGACGAGUGGUGGAGCUGUGCCAACAGCUGAAGAACUUGGAUGCCCUGGUGCAUGUUUCCAGUGCCUAUGUAAAUGCCUAUCUGACCAAGGUCGAGGAGAAGCUGUAUCCCUCGCCCGAAGAUCCCGAGAAGAUCAUCCAGCUGUCGGAGACGCUCAACGAUGAGGCUCUUAAGGAACUAGAACCAAAACUGCUUAAGGAUCACCCCAAUACCUACACCUUCACCAAACACCUGGCAGAACACGAAGUGGCCAAUGUGGCUGGAAAAUUCCCCUGCGGCAUUGUGCGUCCCAGCAUGAUCACCGCUGCUUGGAAGGAACCCCUUCCCGGAUGGACCAUCUCGAAGAACGGUCCCCAAGGCUUCUUCAUGGGCGCCUCGAAGGGAGUGCUGCGCCGUCUUCCCUUGGACCCCAGCAUCAUCAUGGACUACAUACCCAUCGAUGUGGUGGUCAAUGGAAUCAUAACCACCGGCUACUAUGUGAACUCGCUGCAGGCCAAAAACGGAGGACGUCCGGCCGAGCUGCAGAUCUUCCACCUGACCUCCAGCACAUACAAGCCCUUCCGGUUCGAACUGAUGGCGGACAAGAUCAACAGCUACCUGCACGACUACCCGCUCAAUAGUGCCGUCUGGUAUCCCAAUCUGCGCCUGGUGAAGAGCCUCUGGGUCUUCCGGCUGAGCGCCAUCCUCUUCCACUUCAUUCCCGCUAUUAUCCUGGAUCUGGUCACGAAAAUCGGAGGCGGCAGGCCCAUUUUGGUUCGACUGCACAAGAACGUUUGGAACUCACUGAAUACCCUGGAAAGGUUCAUCUUCACGGAAUGGCACUUCGACAGCAAACGCCUACUGGCACUUUCCAAAACAUUGAGUCUGGUAGACAAAAAGAAGUUCAUCAUCGACAUUGGAGAGCUGACGUGGGAUGAAUACUUCGCCAAUACGAUUUUGGGAGUGCGUCAGUACCUCAGCAAGGAGCCGCCCAAGAACCUGGAAAAGGCACGUCGCAAGGACAAAAUUCUCCUGGGUCUUCAUGUCGCUCUGCAGCUCGCCUUCUGGUAUGGAAUCUUUAAGCUGAUUAUUUGCGUUACCGGAAUUUCGGGAGCUAAAGCAGCACUUAUCCUGCCCGUUCUCUAUUACCUGUUUGGACUGCUUUAAAUGCGGGUCAAUAUUCCCCUGCAGUUCAAUAUUUUCUCAAUGUUAUUUAUGCUAAAUGCAAUUUGUAUGAGGUUUGGUUUUGAAAUAUAAAUACAAGAAAUCAAAAA